CCUCCUCAUUCCGUGCGCUCGUCCCGCUGAGGAAGCACCGUGACCUUCUUAACCAGACCUCCAGCUCACUCCUCCCGGCUCUCCCGGCUCUCCUGGCUCUCCUGGCUCUCCUGAGUCUCCUGAGUAUCCUGGAUCUCCUGGAUCUCCUGGAUCUCCCUGCUAUCCCGGGUCUCCUGGGUCGGAACCGUCCCGCCAUGCGUCCCCGGUUCCUCCUGUGCGUAACGGCGCUGCUCCUCUCCUGCGCGCCGCUGUCCGAGGCGCGCGUCUCCAAGCGCUUGGCCAUCGACUGUCCGGAGAAGUGCGACAAGUCCGAGUGUCCGCAGAUCCCCGCCGACUGCCUGGCCGGGGACGAGCUGGACCACUGCGGCUGCUGCCCGGUGUGCGCGUCCGGCGAGGGCGCGCCCUGCGCCGGGGACCGGGAAUGCGCCGACGGCCAGCGGUGCGUGGUGACAGACGGCGUGGAGGCGUCCGCCACCGUGCGGCGGCGAGCGAAGCCCGGCGUGUGCGUGUGCAGCAUCUCCGAGCCGGUGUGCGGCAGCGACGGAGUCUCGUACCGGAACAUCUGCGAGCUGAAGCGCGUCAGCAGCCGCGCAGCGACGCUGCAGCAGCCGCCCGCCAUCCUCAUCCAGAGAGGAGCCUGCGGCAAAGGUCAGCAGAACCCCGACAGUCUUCGCUUCAAGUACAACUUCAUUGCUGAUGUGGUGGAGAAAAUCGCCCCUGCCGUCGUUCACAUCGAGCUCUUUCGCAAGAUGAUCUUCUCCAAGCGGGAGGUGGCCGUCGCCAGCGGCUCCGGUUUCAUGGUGUCGGAGGACGGGCUCAUCGUAACCAACGCCCACGUGGUGGCCAAUAAGCACCGGGUGAAGGUGGAGCUGAAGAGCGGCGCCACGUACGACGCCAAGAUCAAAGACAUCGACGAGAAGGCCGACAUCGCUCUGAUCCAGAUCGACACGCCGACUAAGCUGCCGGUGUUGCUGCUCGGUCGGUCUUCAGACCUGCGUCCAGGCGAGUUUGUGGUUGCCAUCGGUAGCCCGUUCUCCCUGCAGAACACCGUCACCACUGGCAUCGUCAGCACCACCCAGAGGGGGGGCAAGGAGCUGGGCCUCCGCAACUCCGACAUGGAUUACAUCCAGACGGACGCCAUCAUCAACUACGGCAAUUCAGGAGGACCAUUGGUCAAUCUGGAUGGGGAGGUGAUUGGCAUCAACACUCUGAAGGUCACUGCAGGAAUCUCCUUCGCCAUCCCGUCAGACAAGAUCCGACAGUUCCUGGCAGAGUCACAUGACCGGCAGGCUAAAGGUAAAACGUCCCCAAAGAAGAAAUACAUCGGUGUCCGAAUGAUGAGUCUCACUCCGUCGCUGGCGAAGGACCUGAAGGAGAGGCAGUCGGACUUCCCCGACGUCACUUCCGGGGCGUACGUCAUCGAGGUCCUCAGUCGAACUCCAGCUGAGACAGCCGGCCUGAAGGAGAGCGACGUCAUCAUCAGCAUCAACGGAGAGCGGAUCGCCUCGGCCAGCGACGUCAGCGCUGCCAUCAAGCGGGACGAAAAGCUGCGGACGGUGGUGCGGCGAGGCAACGAGGACGUCAUCGUCACCAUCGUCCCCGAGGAGGUCGACCCUUGACCCCAACACCCACCUUCAACACUCAACCAAUCCCCGAGCUGGCUCUCAAUGCUUUUCAGCCAAUCAUGGACACUCUGGAAACAUCCAGUAGGGGGCGUGUCAGAGAGGCCACACACUCAGCUUUUUUCCUCUUCAUUUUAAAACGCUCUCACACUGUGAGAGGUUCGUUAUCUGGGAACAUAGCUUCUGCCGCGUCGUCAUGCUUGUCCUGUCAGCUCCGGUUUUCCUCUAAUCUCCUUCCCUCCAUCGUCACAGAUCUUCCAAACUAACGCCGCCUGUCGCUGCAGAGACGAUGCUGCAGGGUUCCCAUGUUCACUGUGCACUGUACGUUCUCCAUGGAAUGUUUUAUAAUAGUGUUUUUUUCUUUGUGUUUGAUGACAGUGUUUUCAAAAAAAAGGGAAUAAAGUUAUUUUUAAAAAUAUAA